AUUAUAUGAAGAUCAUUGUACUUAUACUUAUAAGUCAUCUCCUUUUAAUUCAAGCAUAAGAUGCUGAAGAUAUUAAAGGAUAUAUGUAUGUAUUUGCAUAAGAAUGGCCUGGAUCUAUAUGUAAAUUUUAAAAGUGUACUAAAACAUACAUGGGUAACUAUGACAAUGCAAGAUGGAACAAUCAUGGUCUAUGGCCAAAUACUAUGCUAGCUACAUCAUGUGGAUUUAUAUCUAAUUGUAGAGAUGAAACAUAUGAUGAAAAUAAAUUAACAGUAGCAACCAAGACAUUGAUAGAUGUUACUUGGAAUGGAAUGUAUUCUGACACUUUCACAUUUAGAAAGUAUAAAUAUGAAUUAUACUAGACAUGAAUGGGAAAAGCAUGGUACAUGUCAUCCAGAUAAUUUAACUCAAAAUGGAUAUAUGUCUAAAGUAGGCAAUUUAAAUAAUCAAUAUAAUUACUAUAAAAUAUUGGCAUCAGCAGGAAUAUAUCCUGAUAAUAAUAGAGAAUUAACUGAUACUGAAUUUAGAGCUCCAUUUACUAAAACUUUAGGAAUUUCAACAGCUAUGACAUAUACUUGUUAAAAAGAUUGUAUUUAUUUAAUAAUAGUAUUUAGCAAAUACUGGUAAAUUUUACAUUGCUGAACUCAGAACAUGUUUUACUUAAGCAAUGAAACCUAGAACUUGUGAUUGUAGUAAACCUGUUAGUGCAUUUGUUAAUUGUGGUAAAACCUUUUAUUAUCCUACAUUCCAACUUUCUACUGAAGAAUAAAUACAACUUGAAGAGAUACCUGAUUUGAGUAUUGGAUUUUUAGAAUGAAUUUAAAAGUUGUAUUUUAUUAAUUGGUGAAUGAUAUAUUUAUAUUUAUAUAAAUAUAUUAUUUUGAAAAACG